AUGAGCGAUGCUUCAUUCUCCGACGGUGAAGACUUUGAAUACGGCAGGCCGACACGACAGUCCGUACGCAACAAGCGUCGCAAGACUGCGACUGGAAAGGCUGCACCUUUACGUCGCGCCAGCACAACCGUGUCGGAUGUUGCGCCCUCGCUCUUGGAUCCUCUUCAGGAUGCACUGGCGCGAGCUCACGCGGAUAAAGAGGCGCCCGAUGUAGACUUCGACCUAGCUAUACAAGACGUUAUUGCGGAGUACGGCGAGGCUAGGACGCGCUACAUCGGUCGCUUACCAACGGACGGAAUGGGUCACGCUGUGGAACUGGCGUCGACUUCGGACGUCACACGCGCCAUAGCGCACCGCGCAAAACACAACCUCCCCACGCCCAACCUCACUUCCGCCGUCCCACCAACCCUCACUCCUCUACCCGCCCGACCUCGCUCCCCGCCUCCACCGCCCCAAGUCCUCGACGCCCUCCACGCAAUCCGCACAACGCCCUACGAGCACUCCUUCCUCUCCCGCCUCAAUGGAAUAGGCGCCUUUCCGACGCGACCGGCUGUACAUGUCGAUUGGGAGGCGAAGGCACCGUGGAUGGAGCUUAUGGAGGAUAUCAGGAUGCAUCGGAGGUUGAAGUGUCCUGAAGAGGAGGACGAGUUGCCGGUUGAGACUACAGCGCCGAUAACAUACGUUACGCUCGCACACGAACAUCUCCCCCAGAUCCACGACAUCCUCAGACGGACAUUCUGGGACGGCGUAAACGUAUCUGACUCGCUACACUACGAACCCGAGCGCGCGACGAUCGUCGCGGUAUACAACCGUCUCGUCGUGGGCGUCGCGCUCCUCAGCUCGCCUCAGGAGACGUACAUAACCUACUUGGCUGUGCGCUCAGGAUGGGAGAACGCUCAGAUAGCUACGACGAUGCUCUACCUCCUCAUCUCCCGCAACCCGAACAAAGACUUCACGCUCCACGUCUCCGCGAACAAUCCCGCAAUGCUGUUGUACAACCGCUUCGGCUUCAAAGCCGAAGAGUUCGUCGUCGGGUUCUACGACGCGUACUUGGACCCCAAGGCGCGCGCGUCGAAGAACGCUUUCCGUCUGCGUCUGCGCGCUUAG